AUGACCAAAAAGAACUCUGGGGUCUGCGUGCUGCUUUUCCUGACCUUUCUGUCUGCUUUCGGUGAGUAUUUGCCUGCUGCCAGCAGAACAAACGCUAGAUGGGACCUCCAGCGUGUGGGCAGGCGCUGGAGCACCCGCGGGGCCCUUCGCACCUCCCACUUCUGCCGCUCGGGGAGCUCUGGAGACGAACGCUGUGCGCACGCAGAUCGCGCCUGGCCCGAGAGCCACUCACAGCUUUCCUUUCGGACGCUGUUGUGCUGGAGCCACAGCCCCGUAGCCUUCGUCCUCUAUGCCAGUCAACCUGGUGCUUAUUGUGGAUUCUUGCUGGCAAGAGAAUCGUUGACAAAGGAGUUCUUGCAGAUGCUGUCGAUGCAGACUGAUCCACGCUUCAUGAACUCAGGGAACUUGGUGACUGAGCAAACCCAGGGGACUGAAAACCAGAGGGAGGGGGUGUCCUACGUGGCUGAAGAGUGUGACACUGCGAUGAAGGAAUGCCAGGUCUUGAAAGGAGCAGUGCCUGUGAGGCCUCGGGAAAAUUGCUUCACCAAGUCUGACCGGGCUCUGAAAAGUGCAGGGGUCCCCAUGGACCUGCAGAGAUCAUCCAGGUCUGCAUGGUACUGCAGGGUGGCUUGGAUCCUGUGCGCUCCAAACGUGCUGGAGACCUUUGAGCAGCUGGACAUUUCCCCGGGAUACUGCUGGCCUAUGAAAACAUCUAACAGCCAGAUUGUCUUCAACUUGCCCACAGAAGUCCAGCCGACUGCAGUCACUGUGCAGCACACGGUGGACACAACCUUGUGGCACAUCAGCAGCGCUCCCCGUGACUUUGCUGUCUUUGGACUGGACAAGGAAGGAGAGAACGAAGAGUUGCUUGGGCAAUUCACCUAUAAUAUCAGGGAAGAGCUGUCCCAGACCUUUGAACUGCAGACCAAGACCCCCAGAGCCUUUUGGCAUAUAAAGCUCGUCACACUCAGCAACUGGGGAAAUGCAGGACACACGUGCAUUUAUCGGGUGCAGGUUCAUGGCAAGAGAGCGGGAAUGAAAUGAC